AUGCCGUACCCGUUCGUCUUGCCGACCACGUCGGCCUUUGUCUUCACAACGGCCUUUGACAGCCCGACACACCCCUCUCUGCCGAGCACCGCAUCGACCUACCGAAGUGUUGUCCGCGACACGCUGAAGCGCCACAAGCGGAUGCCGCCCGAGACGCAGUCGUCCAAUCUCGGUCUGGUCGUGUCAAGUCUCGAAGACUAUCUGCCGUACCUGAUUGCCUUGGCCGACGGUCUGGCGGGGCGCCGCAGGGACGUACAGGUCUCCGUCUUGCCACAGCGAAGGAACAAGGGGCCGGGACCUUUGGCUGCAGCCGGACCUGAGUCUGGGCCUGGAUCCGCGCCUGCGCCCGCAGCAGCAUCCGGCCCCGCCCUCGAGUGGCGGCCGGUCCUCGCGGAGGCACGCCUGCCCGGGAAAGAGCCGCCGCGGGUGCGUAUUCCGCUGAACCGGGCUGCGCUCGACGCCGAAGCCGUUUUUGUCCUCGCAGCUCUCGGCCACGCCUACACAUUGCAAGCCCGUGCGGCCCUGCAGCCACUCUACGUCGUCACCUCCGUCGUGCCCGUCGGCAGUGAGCAGCGCAAGGCGGCGCUCGCCACGGCCUUGAAGCACCUGCAGACGGCCGCCGGCGUGUUUUCGUUUGCCACCACCUUUGCCGAGUCGUCGUCGUCGUACGCCGCCUCCGCCUCCCCGUCGCCCGAGGUGUCUGCCUCCACGCUGCGGUCGCUCGCGGCGCUCGCUCUGGCCGAGGCCACCCUCUUGGCGGUUCUGAAGGACGACCCGUACCCGGCGGCCGUCGCGCAGGACCGCAACGAGCACGACCGCGAGUGGAUGUACAAGGCGCCCGACCUGCCGAAAGUGCGCGCCCACCUCUAUGCCCGCCUGUGUCUGGCCGCCGCGGAACACGCCGCCCGCGCCGCGAGCGGCGUGUCCGGUGUCGCGGGCAUCAGCCGCGCGUUUGUGCGCUACCUGCAGGACCUGCGGCACACGAGCCGCGCCAAGGCCUGUCGCUUCUUUGCCAUUGAUGCCGACCUGGGCGGCCAGACGGGGACGGCCCUGGCAUGGGUGCACGGCGCGCUCCUGGAGCUGAGGGACGGUAGCGGUGGACCGGGCGGCGCGGCCGGACGGGGCAGCGCGAGCCCGUCCUCCUCGCCAGCCGCCGACAAGAAGAGCCUGCUGGACCGCUUCAAAAAGGACCGCGCCGAGAAGCGCGAAAAGAAGGAGGACAAGCGCGUCGAGCGCGGCGCCGGCUGGGGCGGCGACGCCGGCCGGCUCGAAGAAACGCGCGUGCUGGCCAUGCUCGACGCCAAAUGGACCAAGCAAAACGACACCGUCAACACGCAGCGGAUCCCGCCAGCCGGGCCCCUGGUGGCCCAAAUGCCCUCGGGCCGCGAGUUUGCCACGGUGCAGCCCAUGGUCCGGCCACAACUGGAUGCCUCCGUCCUGGAAGCCAUGCGGGCGCCGCGGGACCCGCUGGAUGCAUUGGGCGACGAGGUGGAUGGUGUGACUCUGGUCAGCUCCGACGACGAGGGCCCGGAGCUACCAACCUCUGGAAGGCAGUCUGCAGCACCCAGCUCCUAUUUUUAA